AUGAAGACGCCACUGGGUUACCUCCACGGAGAAGUCCAGCACCAUCAAACGUCUACCCAGAAUUCUGACCUCGAGGAGCAUGGCAGCCCUCCCUCUCCAGAGCCUGCGAUUACACCUUUGCGACCUGAAGGAUGGAUCACCCCGGGGAGAUCAGCACUGGACCCGGAUUGCUAUGCUAGAGUUGAAUUUCUGCGGAGGUUUACGAAGAAAGACACAAGUUGCUGGCGCAGAAGAGUGUUGGGAGGAUCAUUCAGACCACCACAUCAAAACUCAGGGACAGCUGGCUCAUACGACGCCUCCUGUCUAGUGGAAAUAGAUCUCCAAAGCAACAGGAAUACAAUUCUGUUGCCUUUGCGGUUGAAGGAGGAGAUAUCAACAUUGAAUUGUACACCAUUGACCGAGUUGGAGAUCGAGCUAGCUUAUUGCAAGCUCAAUCUAGCGGUCUGGAGAGCAGUAGGCUUGGUCAACAGACAGUCACUGCCCCGUCAGCAAGGAUUCUUCCAUCCUCCAGACCUCGAGGCUGUGAACAGUCGCUCAUGCUACCCUCGAAUUGUAGUCGGGUGUCUUUGGCUUAUCAGAUUCGGAAUGUGUGAUGGGCACCGCCUCGCUGGACCCAAACUCGACAUCAUCCUCUACUCAGACGAGAGACUCACACUAGCAAGAUUGACCAGCCUCAUUUGGAGAUACUGCACCGCCCGCUUGUGCAAGGGGGAUUUUUGGAGGGAAUUGAAUUUUGCUCUCCCGAGAUGCCAUCUUUCAUGGGAAGAAGCUUUUCAAUGGGGUACUGCUACGACGCCCCAACAAGCAGCAUACAACAUCUGGGCAAGCUACCGUGCCAUCUACGAAGUCUGUCCUGACGAUGUGGACUAUGACGAGGCUAUGGGGGAAGCUGAUGAAGAGGACAAUCCCCUUACUCGUCAAUGCCAGCGUCUACAUGUUGUUGGAGCAAACACAGCAGAUGAGCCAGACCAAAUAGGCGUCGAAGGCUCCAUGAAAUACCUACAAGAUCUUGGCGUCCAAUUGGAUGAGCCAGUACUCCUUACGGUGUUGGCUGAGCUCGGAGCACCAACGAUGGGCGAACUCACACGGCAGGGUUUCGUCGAAGGAUGGACGCGGAUGCGGGCCGAUUCUAUGUCCAAACAACAAUCUCAAAUUCCCUCACUGCGCCGCGGUCUUCCCUCCAACGUCGACUUAUUCAGAAAAACAUACAAAGCAACAUUUCAGCUUGGCCGGCCCGCAGGGGCUAAAGUACUUCCUCUUGAAACCGCCACGGAAUAUUGGCGUCUUCUUCUCUCGCCGCCGUCUAUUGUUUGGUCUACAACCUCAACGCCGUGGCUUGAUUGGUGGCUUGAGUACUUAGAAGCGAAAUGGAAGAAGGCCGUAAGCAAAGAUAUGUGGGAUCAAACAGGAUUGUUUGUCUUGAAGUCAAUGGAAGACGAAACGAUGAGUUGGUGGAGCGAAGAGGGCAGUUGGCCAGGCGUAAUCGACGAGUUCGUAGCAUUUGUCCGGACGCGAAGGGAAGAGAGUGGCAAGAUGGAUACGGGGUGA